CCCGGCACACACCGAGCGCUGGGGGCUCCGCCGCCCGCCCGCCAACCCGGGAUCUACCUCCGUGUAUUUUUAGCCUCGGCUCUUUUUUUCUCUCUCUUCCUCACCCCUUUUGCUCGAUCUUGGAAAAAUUGUGGGGUACUGGGGGGAUUUGGGAUUUUUUUACAGCGGGGGUGUCUCUGGCCGCCUUUCCCCCCGUCGCCUUGCUCCACCUCCCCGUUCUCUUUUUUUCUUCUUUUCCCCCAUCUGCCUCUCCACCAAACCCGGGCUGAUGUGCUGUGCGAGAGACUGGAAAUGGAAGUGUUGAUGCUCUGGCUUUUCCCCUGGAUAUUUCAGUGCGUUUCGGUGCGGGCGGACUCCAUCAUCCACAUUGGUGCCAUUUUUGAAGGCAAUGCUGCCAAGGACGACGAGGUGUUCAAGCAGGCGGUGUCGGAUCUGAACCUCAAUGACGACAUCCUCCAGAGCGAGAAAAUCACUUACUCCAUCAAGCUCAUAGAGGCCAACAACCCUUUCCAUGCGGUGCAGGAAGCCUGCGACCUGAUGACGCUGGGGAUCUUGGCCUUGGUGACGUCCACGGGCUGUGCCUCGGCCAAUGCGCUGCAGUCGCUGACGGACGCCAUGCACAUCCCGCACCUGUUUGUGCAGCGCAGCACGGGGGGCUCGCCGCGCACCGCCUGCCACCUCAACCCCAGCCUGGAGGAGGAGGAGUACACGCUGGCCGCCCGGCCCCCCGUCCGCCUCAACGACGUCAUGCUCAAGCUGGUCACUGAGCUGCGGUGGCAGAAAUUCAUCGUGUUCUACGACAGCGAUUACGACAUACGUGGACUGCAGGGAUUUCUCGAUCAGGCCUCAAGGCUGGGACUCGAUGUGUCCUUGCAGAAAGUGGACAGGAACAUCAGCAGAGUCUUUGCCAACCUUUUCACUACCAUGAAGACGGAAGAGCUGAACCGCUACCGCGACACCUUGCGAAGGGCCAUCUUGCUGCUCAGCCCAAGGGGAGCCCAGACUUUCAUUAAUGAGGCUGUGGAAACCAACCUUGCUUCAAAGGAUAGUCACUGGGUCUAUGUAAAUGAGGAAAUCACUGACAAUGAGAUACUGGAGCUGGUGCAUAGUGCUCUGGGGAGGAUGACAGUUAUCCGGCAAAUUUUCCCCCUCUCAAGGGACAACAACCAGAGGUGCAUGAGGAACAACCACCGAAUCUCGUCGCUGCUCUGUGAUCCCCAGGAAGGCUAUCUUCAGAUGCUGCAGGUUUCCAACUUGUACCUGUACGACAGCGUGCUCAUGCUGGCCAACGCUUUCCACCGAAAGCUGGAGGACAGGAAGUGGCACAGCAUGGCCAGCCUGAACUGCAUGCGGAAAUCCACCAAACCCUGGAACGGGGGGCGAUCCAUGCUGGAGACUAUUAAGAAGGGCCAUAUAACUGGGCUUACUGGCAUUAUGGAGUUCAGAGAAGAUGGCGCCAACCCCUACGUUCAGUUUGAGAUACUGGGCACUAGCUACAGCGAAACGUUUGGCAAAGAUGUGCGGAGGUUGGCAACAUGGGACUCUGAAAAAGGACUGAACGGCAGCCUACAAGAACGACGUCUGGGCAGUGACUUACAAGGACUGACACUGAAAGUGGUGACUGUCUUGGAAGAACCUUUUGUGAUGGUGGCAGAGAACAUACUUGGGCAACCAAAACGAUAUAAAGGAUUUUCCAUUGAUGUCCUGGAUGCGCUUGCCAAAAAUCUGGGCUUCAAGUAUGAGAUAUAUCAAGCUCCUGAUGGUAAAUAUGGACAGCAGCUCCAAAACAGCUCCUGGAACGGCAUGAUUGGAGAACUCAUUAACAAGAGAGCUGACCUAGCAAUCUCAGCCAUCACAAUAACACCAGAACGCGAGAGUGUUGUGGACUUCAGCAAGCGUUACAUGGAUUACUCAGUGGGGAUCUUAAUCAAAAAGCCCGAAGAAAAAAUCAACAUCUUCUCUCUCUUUGCUCCUUUUGACUUUGCGGUGUGGGCUUGCAUUGCUGCAGCCAUCCCUAUAGUUGGUGUCUUGAUAUUUGUCUUGAACCGGAUCCAGGCCAUCAGGGCUCAGAACUCUUCCCAGCCAAGCCCCUCGGCCUCUUCCACUCUUCACAGUGCUAUUUGGGUGGUGUACGGCGCCUUUGUACAGCAAGGGAGUGAAUCUACUGUCAAUUCUGUGGCUAUGCGCAUUGUAAUGGGCAGUUGGUGGCUCUUCACCCUUAUUGUGUGCUCAUCCUACACAGCUAACUUAGCAGCUUUUCUCACAGUAUCAAGGAUGGAUAAUCCUAUAAGAACAUUUCAGGAUCUGUCCAAACAAAUGGAUAUAUCUUAUGGUACAGUCAGGGAUUCAGCAGUGUAUGAAUACUUCAAAGCGAAAGGGACAAACCCCUUGGAGCAGGAUAACACAUUUGCUGAACUGUGGAGGACGAUCAGUAAGAAUAAUGGGGCAGAUAAUUGUGUAUCGAACCCUUCUGAAGGCAUCAGGAAGGCAAAGAAAGGAAACUAUGCUUUCCUGUGGGAUGUGACAGUGGUGGAAUAUGCCGCACUGACCGAUGACGAGUGCUCCGUGACGGUCAUUGGAAACAGCAUCAGCAGCAAAGGAUAUGGGAUAGCCCUCCAGCAUGGAAGCCCCUACAGAGAUCUUUUCUCCCAGAGGAUCUUAGAGUUGCAAGAAAGCGGAGAUUUGGAUGUUCUCAAACAGAAAUGGUGGCCACGAAUGGGACGUUGUGACCUGAAUAGCCAUACCAAUGCACAGACAGAUGGGAAGGCACUCAAGCUUCACAGUUUUGCAGGCGUUUUCUGCAUUUUAGCAAUAGGCCUUCUUCUUGCAUGCUUGGUGGCAGCAUUGGAGUUGUGGUGGAACAGCAACCGUUGUCAUCAAGAAACACCGAAAGAGAGCAGAUACAGCAUGGGCAGCAGCAGUGCAAACUUCCCCACAUUGCCCCACCAAUGUGCCUCAACCCUGACCUGGAGAGACCACCUUUAGGGGUAAGAGAGUAGUUCAGAAACAUGCCCUCAGCCUCUCUGCUAAGAGUGACAGGGAGGCCAGUCAUUGGCACCGAGUCGUGCCAACUGUGGUUGAUGUUUUUUGUGACUUAAGACCCCAUCCACUGGCUGUGAGAACUGGGUCCAUAACUGUGCAGGUGAUGCAGCUGCCAGCAGCUGGUAGCCAUUUUUCUUCAUGCCUGACCCAGGCUGAGUUUGAAGAGGUACAUGAACAAUUAAAAAUAAGCAAUCUAGUUAUUAAUUGAAUAAGCCAUAUUGCCAUGACACUGUUUAAAUGCUUCCUUUCUUUUGAAAUAAGUUUUAUUUCUAAAACUAAGAGCCUCUGAGUAACCUGCAUAUGAAAUAUUUUACCUAGGAAAAUACAUCUGAGAAUGUCUUGUUUUUAAAGAUUUCUUGCUGCAGUAGCAAGUAAUAGUUAGUAACACCAUGAUAAAAUAAUCAGUCCAUACUCUGAUCUGUCUUGCAUGAAGCCUGUAUUUAUUUACAUAGAUUAAAUGUUUAACAAACUAACCUCUUGUAAUUUUUGAAACACCGAGGCAUUUGUAGGUACUUCCAUCUUGGAACAGAUGUUUGUUACAAGCAAAUAAUAGCAGCGAGCUGCACUACAGCUGGAAAAUAGUACAUAGCCCAUCAAUUCCAAUCUAUGUUUCUCAGGUUGCCAGGAGUAUUACAGUAAUUGACGUACCUAUCACCUGUAAGCAAUGCUGGCAAGUGGGAGCUGAAGAGACAUGUUGCAGUCUGUGAUGUUGUGAAAUAUUUAUCAGUAAGAUCCCACUCUUCUGAGUUCCUGCUUAUCGCAUUUGAAUUCAUCCGUCGAGGGUUCAGUGAUAAACAUCUGUGUUGGGUUUGUGGGACGAGGCUGCAAAGUCCCUUGCCUGUGGCUCCACAGCGUGUAAUAGAGAAAGGGAAAUGUUGCUAAAAGGAAGUAUGUCUCUGCUGUGCACGGUGCAGCACUCCAAAAGCAAGCACAGGGAGAGCAGAAGUACAUAGUGUUGCUUGUAAGAAAAGUGGUGAUAAACAGAAAUGCAUAUUGAGUUGUUUGCUGUCUUUGGUUGAACACUGUAGCAUUUUGCCCUGCUGCCAUGCAGAAUUCACUCCCGCUGUAGCUCUGAAGGCCCUGCUGUGCAUUAACAUUGCUCAGGCCUAAACCUUGGUAGCAGAUAGCUCACUUUUUGCUGUGAAUGCCUGGCAGGAUGAGGGGCUGGGAUGUGGGUUGAAGUGUCCUAGCGCUGCAUGUGCACAAGCAUUUGUCUUGCCAUACUCUGGAGUGCAUUCUCCUCUCUAUGCUCAGGGACUCACCCUUGUGCAUCUUUGUAAAGUGAGAAGAGAAUAUGCCGCAAAGGCACAGUUGCAUAUAGGUGCAAAAUAUUUGCAAAAUAUUGCAAAAUUUUUUAAAUUCUCUCUCUGAAGAAGAAUCUCUCUUCCUGUUCUUAAAUAUUUUCUUUCUUUUGCCUGUCCCUUUCAAGUCUUGUUUUAUAUCUGUAACAAGAGUUAGUACAGAUCCCUGCCCUCCCCAGCCCUCUUAUUAUGUAAAGCAUUAUUUUUUUCUCCCCUUCCUAUGCCCGUCCUCCUUCCCCUUCCCCCCAGUGUGUUCUAGAUAAGGGUUGCUCUUCACAUCCUCUUUUGCAGUUUUCAUGACGAACAAUAAAAUACUUUCAAUCUUCCUUUUUUUAAAAAAAAAAAAAAAAAGCAUUCUGAAGUUAUCCAUACGGUAGAGCUGUACUCAGGAAGAUCACGUAUGUGUGGGAAUUGGUCUGACCUUCAAGCACAGUCGGUGUAGGUUAAGCAAGGCGGAUUAACCCCAGGCACAACACACGCGAGCAGGCUCAGGAAAGGUCGGCCUUGUGGGUGCUGUUGCGAGAAAGGGAACAAAGUCAGUGGGAGUCCUGGAACGAGCAGGUGUUAAAGUUGAAAGAGAAAGUGAGUGUUCCCGACAAAGGGCAGACGGAUGAGGCUCUCCAGGGAGAGUCAGCGGAGGAGGAAAGCGUAGGGAAGGCACAAGGGGCAGGCAGGACUGAAUGUAAAGGGGGGUCCUGGAGAGGGCCGCUUGGUGCACCGAAAUGCAGGGAGCUAAAAGCAUCGCUGGAACAGGUCAGAGUAGCUGGAGAGAAGGGUGAUCAUAAAAUAUACUUAGGUAAAGUAGUCAGUGAGUGUGUAGCGAGUGUGGCAGAUAUUUCUUGGUAGAUCAGGUAGCAGAGGUAUUUUAUUUAUGUACUGAUGAGGAGGGAAUGAAGUGGGAUUGCUGAAAGCUGCUGUAAUCAAGACAAGAAAUGCAGCUUCAGAAGAGACAGUGUUGUAUAGAUUGGCUGACAAUUUUCAAAAUAUUUAUGGGAACCAGGGUUCAAAAGUUUGGAAAGCACAGAAUCCAGGGAUAACAGGAACACUGAAUGCAUGAGGACCCCGCUGCUAGAGAGGCAGGAAUCGAGAACGAUAACUGAGCUGUGGGGACCCAAAGUGACAAGAGGAGGUGGUUUCAGGAGUGUAUUUAGGGAUAGCUCUUUUUUGCAACUGUGUAUCCUCCAGUACUGCUACAGCAGUAGUUGCAAUAGAGCUACAGCAUGUAGGGCAUAUACAAAACAUGAAAAUCUUCCUCUUAGCAAUAUCUGAUACUCCAUCCAAGUCUUUAGUUCAGUAACAGCUGUAGACUUGAGUUGUGCUGCUGAUUUGCUUUUCUUCCUGCUUUUGGGAAGCCUUUGGAAAAAUGGGAGUGUUGUGGUAUCACCUAAAAAUUGUGGAAGUUGGAUUUUUUCUCUUGACCAUUUUCUGCUGAGAAAGGGCUCAUUCUCUGGCAGCCUAAGAUGAUACCUAGACUUCAGUGGUCACCUCAUGUGGAAAAAUAACAGCAUCCUCUAUAAUAGCCAUCAUGAGACAGCAGAAAAGAAGGCAGUGCUUUGGCUACUGUGACCUGAUCGUAUUAAGAGCUUUGUAAAUCAAUUGUAGAAAAUUAUAAUGGAUCGAGGAUUCAGUGAGAAGCAGCCAUAAGUUGUGGAGCCCCUGUGUAUUGUUUUCUCUCGGGCUUGACCCACGCACUAGGGUCAUGCACUAGUGCCGGCUUGACAGCCAGAGAUGUUGGAAAGACAAAUGCCCAGUCAUGGCAGGGCUGGGCAGCCUUACUGACUGCUGGAGAGGAAGAGAGCAAUUUUUAGAGACUACCACUUGGUGUGUCCAGGGUCAGUGCAAAGUCGGUGACUAUAAGAAAGGGCACAGCCUUCAUUAGCAUUGGAGAAAUGCUUCCAGCUGUGAUUAAGGUGUUGAUAUUUGCCAAUCCUUGCAUUUUCCUCUUCCACUUCGUAUUCCUUCAGCUUUCGUGGAGGUCAGCCUGAGGCAAUACAUUGAGGUGUUCAAGGACUCAGAUGUCUGUUUGGUAUAAAUUACAGUUCUUAAUCAGGAUGAGUGAAAAAAUGCAGUGUUAACUAUAUAUAUAACUGAGGUGACAGGAAAUCUGUUUUUAAAAUCUCGACAGUGUAACUUGGACUUUGGCACUGCUUUGAUCUACAUUUGUAGCAUCUUUACAGGAAGAGUUACGUCAGACAGAGUCUACUUCCAAUCAGAAGAAUAUUGAAACUGUUUUUUAUAUUCUUUGCUUACCAACAAAAUCCCCCCGGCUCCCUCCCUGCAAUUAAAAAGUAAUACUGUUUCCACUCAUUAAGUGAGUUCCUGAAGAUAAACCUCCAGGAAAGAUGGACUUCCUUUACUUUCCCAAAAUAUACACUUAGUUGCCUUCGUCUCACAAUUCUGUUGUGCAAGGACUAGUGAGAUUUCUUGCUAGAAGAAUGAAGUCUGUGUUGCUUUUUUUUCCCCAUGAUGUUAAUAUAGGAUAUUUUUAUUCUAUUUGAAGCAGAUUUAUAAAAAUGAUUCUAAUGUUUUCUUCUGUAAGAAUCUUAAUGUGAUGCCUUCUAAUGCUUCACUUCAUCCUUACCAAAUCAAAUUAACAAAAGAAGGAUUAGCUCCAAUGGCAUUAGGAAAAUUGUAUACUUGCAAUACCAUGUCAGGUUCUCCUAUUAGGGCUCAUGUUUAUAAUCUAUUAAAGCUGGAAAGAUGCUUGGUAAUGUUUAAAUGCCCUUAUUUAUUUCCAAUUAUUUCAGAGAAAUUUACAUUUGGUCAUCUUUUUUUGUUAGAUUUUCUAGAACUUAUCAUCAUUCUUUUCUAAUUACUGUUAAGCCCAACCAUCCCAUACUCACCAUGAAUUUUUGCCAGCAUCUAUCUCUAUGUAUUAAAAUGUUGAAUUUACACAACUGCUAUUCAGUCUACAAUACUUGUUAGCUAAUCUUUUGACUCUGAUAAACUUCAGAAAUUUGGGGAGUUGUAAAAUAAAAAAUGAAAAUUAAUACUCAUUUUGGACUCCCUGUUCAGUCGGGGAGUCAGGAGUUGAGUAACUAACUGAGCAAUCAGGUGAAGAUAUUUAAACCUGGUAGCCUAGAAAUGUGGAGCUUUGAAUAAUUGUCUCUGUAUGUAUGUAUCUUCUUGCUCUGAGUCCUGCGCAUUUAUUUCAUGAUCCCAGUAAACUCAAAUAUAAUUUGGGUCAUUUAACUGGCAAGGGCUUUCCCACAUCAUCAGGUUGUUGCUAUCUUUUAUUUCAUUCGACAGACUAAAAGACAGUUUUCAAAUGUUCAUUGUCAUUAUGAUCCAGUAUAGCUGCUUACUGUAAUGGACUCAGCAGCAUCUUCUGUGCUUUAUCAGCUGUGUUUUACUGCACUUUACUGUUCCCCUUGAAGUUUAUUACUUCUGAGUUCUCUUCAAAGCUAUUAAGAAAUGACUCCUUGAUUGUCCACAUACUGUACUCCAAAACAAUGAAAACUUAGAAGCAAAGAUAAAAUAUCAUAUUACUUGUGGAGAAAAACAUUGAAUGUCUGUAAUUUUCACUACAUCCAAGAUGUAUUCACUAAAAACAAAUUAACAAGCAACGUCAUGUCAAGGAAGAUUUGUCACUUUAGGAUAUAUAGAAUGAUUUAUUUGCUGGGAACUGAUACGUGUUGCAUCUUCCAUAAGAAAGGAGAUCGAUCCAUUUAUUGUUAAUGCAGAUCUUGAAAGACAAUGUUAAAAGGAUCUCAAGAAAUUCUUGUUUUGAUUCUUUUUUAGCUUGAAUAAUUUGUGUUAUAAAUCAGAAAUAUAUUUUUUCCAAAUAGACUGCGCAACCACUAGCAAUGAGAGUGUGUCAGCAACUGCACCCAGCAUGUUUGUGAUCUUGUAUUGCAUGGAGAUUUAGGUUUUUUACAGGAUAAGAAAUAGCAUCAUUUUCCACCUACUGAAUUGCUACUAGUCAUUGCCUCAUAACUCGUUCCUCCAUUAACUCCAGUCCUAAGAGUGGAGUUAGAUCUGCCAAACCACAUAUUUACAGUUCUUUAACAAUCACACUCUUUGCAGCUUAGUUUGUGAUUUCUUAACUUCCUGAUUGUUCUGCAAAAUCACUCUACUCGACAGACUCUCUUCUCUGUUUCACUUUUUCCUCUUUUUUUUCUUCUUUUCUCUUUUUUUAAUGAUUAAAAGAGGGCAGCAACUCAGGUACUGUCCAGAGAGGUAACAGUCUUAUGUACUAGUGACAGUCUUACCAUUACUGUUUUCCUGCUACUCCCAGCAAAACAAUUUUUUGAAUGUUACUGGAUUUCAGAAAGUCUAAACUCCACAAUGCUUUCUAACUCUACAGGAUACUUGGAGGUAGCAAAAUUCCACUAAAAAUUGUUACACAUACCUUGGCAGUAUGCAGGAUGAAAGACAGAAAACCUGCAUCUCUGGCAAGGGCAGCCUUUAUGUGAUCAGCCUUAAGUUCCCCUGUUUCCAUUUUGAUGAUGCACAAAUUCCAGCCUACCUCAGAAAUCUGCACUUCCAGCUUUAGCCAUCUGAGUAUUACCCACUAGGCCUCUUCUUUGGCAUUAGAAGAAUGUGAAACCCAGUGUACCUCAGAAGUGGAAAUACGAGCUAAGAAAUACGAGUCCAAUGGAACAAAAUUUGUCCCUGCUAAGAAUUGUGAUCUGCACCGCAUUCGCCUCACUUCACAUCUCCAACCAGAUCCUAUUCCAUGGCAGCCUUCCACACCUUCAGCAUGGUGUCAGCAAUGUUGUUUUUGAUUAUUAAAGAGUCCUAUGCUUACACCAUUAUUUUUACUUUCUUUGUUGUUUUUCCUUUGUCAUUUCAUUUAUCUUGUCUCCUUUUUGUUGUUGUUUUUUAAUCUGGCAAUUUGAUUUCCCCUGGGAUGGUUCCUUUUGAGAGUGAAAGGAAACAUGAGAUCAUCAAACAGAUAUUUUAUUUUCCGUUCAUUGCAUGUCCUCUAUAUUUUAUCUUGGUUUUUUAAAUUCUUUUUUCUGUAUUUUAUGACAUGUCUGAAAUCUUUGUACUUUUUUGCUCAGUUGCAUAUGAAUGAUCAUUUGUUUGUACCACUGUAUUGUAUUCUACUAUUCUAAGAAUAAAUAAAGUUUUCUGGGGAAAAUAAAUAAUGAAAACAUUGGCAAGAUAAUGCAUUUUAAUGCCACUUAGAAAUUCAGUUUCAAACUAACUUUGGAUAUGGUAAGCUUAGAAACUUCAUUUAACUAGCAUCUUUAAAUCAGCAAAGCGCUGUUAGGAAUCAGUCAUCCUAGAGUGCAAAGUUUGAUGUUAUGGGAUGACAAAGUACAAAUGGGAAGAAUCAGUUACAGAAAAAAGAGGAGGAUAAAUGAAUUGCCUUGUACAGAAACUGGCAAUAGCUGAAAGGGCAUCUUAACUAACUCAAUGUUGGUUAUUUACAUGAGUGAAGAAACAGAAUUUUCUCCUUAGAAGUCCCUAACAGUGAAGCAGAUACUCUGUAACAUCUGGGCACAGAUAGUCUGCUCAUCCAGAAUCCACUGAAAUCAGUAAAGUCUUGCUAUUAUCAGCCCAGAUUUAGGUCAAGGCUGUAAUGGAUUUAAAAAUGAUAUGUCAUCCCCAUGGUUAAUGACACUGGACCCAGGCGUCUGCUGGCCGAAGUAGUAUUGAAGCGUUGCAGGGCAGGUCCAGCAUAUUUCCCUAUGUGCGAGGAAGGGAUUUUUGUGUUUGGUUUAAUUUUUCUCAGAGUUGUAAGAAAAACAUGCAAAUAGGAUUCUUAAGGA